GUUGAAACUGAUACAGCAUUAAGAACGAAGUCUCGAUUAAAUAUACUUUAUCAUACGUACCAUGGAGGGAGUUAAAGUGUUGUUUUCUUGUUUGUGUGUUUUGAUGGCAUGCUGGGGCGUGUUUGGUUCCGACUGUUGCUCCAGUUACACGGACCCGAGCGGCACGUACCACGCAUCCCAGCUGUGUCAGGAUUACUGCUGUUGGAACCUUGACCUCACCAAUUAUAAGGUGUGCUGCAGCAACCCCAUUCGCCAGGUCCCCUCUUCUGACCGUGACCAGCAGUCCUGCACCGAGAGCUGGAUCACCGAACAUGUCUGGGUGCCAAUUGUGUCCGGAGUGGUGUUCCUGGGCCUGAUCGUGUUGUGCUGCUGCUGCUGUUGUGGCUGCUGUUGCUUUCAGAGAGACCGCACCGUAUUUGUCCAAUCCGCAGGAGCGCCUCAAACAACCGUUGUGGUGGCCAACCAGACAAACAUGAUGCAAAACAGAUAUUAAUAGUAGAAACACUUCCGACUCAUUUACCAUUUAUACAAGUGCCUUAUAUUCAGAAUUCCGCUAAUACGUUUCAAAUGAACUUUAGAAUAUAUGUUCGACAAUUGGACGAUUUUAUUACCCAAACCUAGGUUAUUAGAUUUGAGUAUGUCGUCCAGCGGGCGUACGGGCGGGCUUUAUUCAGCCCGGACUGUAAUAUCACCAUGCAUAGCUUUAUUAAAAUAAAAAAAAUAACUUUCACAAUGACAAGGAGAUUUGUCGCGUUGAAGACCCAUGCCUUUAAGUCAAAGGUCAAUGACACACUUAAAGGUCAUUAGUCACAAUGUAUUUUGCUCGUCGGGGUUGUAACAUUGAUAUGCACUCGCGAAUUUAAAAAUAACUUGAUACAAUAUUUUACAAAAAAGUCAAAUAUGUUUGGUACAAUACCAAUAACAGGAGGAUGAAUGUCAAUGGCUUAUUCGAGCUGAACGUUAACAUGCAUUAGAUAAAUUAAACAAAUAUUCAUCACGAGAAUCUGGCGUGUCAUACACAUACAAGGUGAAGGUCACACUAAUUGGUCAUUGGUCAACAUAUGCUGUAUUUUGGCUUGUCCGAGCUGUAAAUGUGUCAAGCAUUUGGGGAUUCGGGUAUUUUAAAUAUUUUUGGCACAAAUGUUAAUCAUAAAAAACUGAUUUGUCAUAUAGAAAACCCUUGUCAAGUAGGGCAAAGGUUAAGGGCAUACGUAUUUGUCGUUGUUCAUAAGUCCUUUUAUUUUUGGUUAGUUCUGGCUGUAUCAUGGCCAAGAGGUUAACAAUUUUAUAAUAAUUUGGCACAUCUGUUUACUAUGAGAAGUUUCUCUGUUGCUUGAACAAAGUCAAUACAAUAAUAAGAGUAACAUUUGACAAUUCAUUCAACAUUGAACUUGUCACGGUUCUGUUUCAUCAUUUUUAUUCGUCGAUGGCCUCUGAUUUCGCAAAUUGAAAACCUAGUUUCAUUGCAUUGUGGCUUGUCGAGUAUUGCUUUAUGUUAACUUUGUUUGGACGGUUUCAUGUCACAUUGAUAACUUUAGGUCAAGAUUGCCAGUCUUUACAUGCGACCUUUAUCAUCGCACUGUUAUUCUGAUUAGAGUAUUAAAGGAAUGACAUCGUUAGUAACUUCAUAACUUAAAAAAAAACUUUUAUUUUAUAAAUGUCGUAAGUUUUAUUCAGCCUUAUCUUUUUUUCACAGUUGAAACAGCAAUUCUUCUUGAAAUAUUGUCUGAGUAAUAUUUUCUAUUUACUUAUAUUUCCUGGGAAGAUUCUUAAACAUUUAUUGCUAUGCUAACCUGUUCAUAAUCAUUUAUAUGUCUAACAUAACUCAUCAACCAUACUCAAGAAGAUUUAUUACAGUUUAAACCUUCGGUCAUUACGUGUAAUAUAAAAAUAUAUUAUUGUAUGUGCACAGUAUAUGGUUUUCAUUGCAAUAUAUUUUUAGUAAAUAACCAUGUUUCAGUAUAACUUAUUCGAUACUCUUUCUAUGUGUUUGUGCGUAUUUAUGCCGUCCCGGAUUUCUGAGUUGCCGUUCCUUCGUCAUUACCAUUAAACAAUGGUAUAAAUGGUAAAUGAUCAAUAAUUUUUUUUUCGAGGGCGGCCAUCUUGGUAAUAAAAGGAACGCCAUAAGGAGGAGCUAAUAUUAGACUGCACAAACACUCUGGAAAACUGAUAUAACAAUUUAACACAGUAAAUGACAACGUCGAAGUGGUCUAUUAGUUAUGACGAUGGACCAGCGACCCAGUUUCGAAUCCCGACUAUCGUUGCUUAGGCCUUUUAUUUUUUAUUGUUUGUUUAACGAACCGCCAUGACUUA